AUGGCUCGAACUACAGCCCCUGUGCCCAACGGAAACCUCAAGAAAAACAGCACAGCACAUAGUGCUGGGCCCCCCUCCAGUCGGCAGAGGUUUCAGAGACCAGAAUCCUUUGAGCAGGCUCCCAUGUACGUAGCCGUGAUGACAUACCUGGGGUUCGGCAUCGUCACACUGUUCGGAUACUUCAGGGACUUCCUCAGAGCAGUAGGACUGGAGAAAUGUCACAUCGCCAGGGAGAGAGAGGAGCAGAAGGAUUUUGUCCCCCUGUAUCAAGACUUUGAGAACUUCUACACCCGUAACCUGUACAUGAGAGUAAGAGACAACUGGAACAGACCAAUCUGCAGUCUACCUGGCCCGGUGUUUGACGUGAUGGAGAGGGUGUCCCCAGACUACAACUGGACAUUCAGUUUAACAGGGAAGACCAUAGACAAUGUCAUCAACAUGGGUUCCUAUAACUACCUUGGUUUCGCUGAGAACGACGGUGAUUUCCUGAAAACUGUGGCAGACAGAACCCAGCAGUAUGGUCUCGGUGUCUGCAGCACACGACAGGAAAUGGGUAACCUGGCUAUCCAUGAGGAGUUGGAGCAGCUUGUAGCCACCUUCCUGGGGGCAGAGUCCUCCAUGAUCUUCGGCAUGGGCUUUGCUACCAACUCUAUGAACAUACCGGCGCUGGUCGGCAAGGGCUGUCUGAUUCUGAGUGAUGAGCUGAACCACACCUCGCUGAUCUUGGGGGCCAGGUUGUCAGGGGCAACCAUCUGGGUGUUUAAGCACAACAACACGCAGAGCCUGGAGCGUCUGUUGAGGGAGGCGGUGUGUACUGGGCAGCCUCGGACUCACCGGCCCUGGAAGAAGAUUCUGAUCAUGGUGGAAGGAAUCUACAGUAUGGAGGGGUCUGUGGUGCGCCUGCCAGACAUCGUAGCCCUGAAGAAGAAGUACAAGGCCUACCUGUACCUAGACGAGGCUCACAGUAUCGGGGCGGUGGGGCCUACAGGCCGGGGUGUGACAGAACUGUUUGGUCUGGACCCCUCAGACAUCGACGUCAUGAUGGGAACAUUCACCAAGAGUUUCGGGGCUGCAGGAGGAUACAUCGCUGGGAAAAAGGUAGACUAUAUUAGGUUAUAUAGGCCCAACGCCCUAAGGGCCCAACGCCAGGGCCCAACGCCAGGGGCCCAACGCCAGGGGCCCAACGUCCUAAUGGCCCAACGCCAGGGGCCCAACGCCCUAAGGGCCCAACGCCAGGGGCCCAACGUCCUAAGGGCCCAACGCCAGGGGCCCAACGCCCUAAGGGCCCAACGCCAGGGGCCCAACGUCCUAAGGGCCCAACGCCCUAAUGGCCCAACGCCCCAGGGCCCAACGGCCCAACGCCAGGGCCCAACGCCAGGGGCCCAACGCCAGGGGCCCAACGUCCUAAGGGCCCAACGCCAGGGGCCCAACGCCCUAAGGGCCCAACGCCAGGGGCCCAACGUCCUAGGGCCCAACGCCCUAGGGGCCCAACGCCCUAAGGGCCCAACGCCCUAG